AUGUUUUAGGAUAGAUAUCAAAAUCUUUUUGCUUCACCUAAUGAAAUUGCUACCUUAACUAUUGAUUGUAAUUAUUAUUGUUAUUUUCAAAGCCAAUUAUAUCAAGAAAGGUAGUCUUCGUAGAAUCUUUAAGAAUGUUUAAUAUGAUACUUAUGAGAAUCAAUAAUUAAAAGAAUUCAAGAACUAUCUAGAUUCAAUUCCAGUUGAAUAUUUAAAAGAGUAUGGUUAUUUUAUAAUAUUUGAGAGUUCAAAAUGAUUCUGUAUUAUUGCGAUUCUUGUAUGCUCAUAAAUUUGUUAAAGAAGACACAGUUAAUUAUUUUGUGGAUCAUUUAAAUUGGUUAAACAAUCCAGAAACUAUGAAUUUGGAAGAUAUCCCAUAAUAUUCUAAAUUAGUUUAAAUUAUUGGGAGAGAUGAAAUGUUAAGACCUAUACUACAUAUAUCUUUAAAUCUCCCUCUUGAUGAUUUAUUUAUAAAAGCAAUCACUAAUAAACUUAUUAUUAUGGAAGAUUAUAUGUUUGUGCCUGGUAAAGUAGAAAGUUGGAUUUUAAUUGUUGAUUUAAGUUAAACUAAUUAAACUAUAAAACCUGAAAAAAUUGAAUCUGCAAUUAAACAUUUUGUUACUAAUUUCCCUAUGUCUUUAGAGCAUAUCUAUUUUUUAGAAGUUAAUUUGAUAUUGAAAUAAAUUGGUGAUAAUGUAUUAAAAUUAAAUGAAAUAAAAAAAUUGAAUUUAGAAGAUAAAAUAACAAUCACAGACAAAGUUAAGUAUGAAAAAGAAAAAAUCUAAUUUUUAUCACCAGAAUAUGUUCAUUUAUUCGAAAAUGAUACUUAAUUAAAUCAUAGCUUAUAAUAGAAUCCAUAAAAUCAAUUUUCUAUAUUUUAAUAAUAACCAUCAUAAUCUUCUUUACUAUUUCCACCAUCUCCAAAUUAAGUGAUUCGUAAUUAACCAAAUUAAUCUAAUCAAAUUCCACAAUAACCCAUACAAUUAAUUCUUAAUUAACCAUAACCUACUUUAUAUGGCAAUCCACAAAAAUUAUCAAAUGGUGCAGAAUUAGUUGGACCACUAUAUCCUAUGAUUGUAUAUGCCUCUACUUAACCAUAACCUUAUUUACCAGAAUAUCACAAAAAGGAAUUUUAAAUUUAAACUUCAACAUAAGUCGAUCCUCAUCAUCCUAUUAUUAAUAACAAUUAAAAUAACUAUUCUCAUAAUAUUCCAAAUAAUUAGAAUUUUCUUAAUACUUAGAAUAACCCUUAAUAAUAUUAAAGUGAUUACUCAAAUCCAGAUUAUCUUUUGUAAAUUAUUAUUCAUUUAUACUCUUAGACGCACAAAAUAUGAUGACAUAAUUGACUAAUUUAAUUGGAACAAAUAUGGAGUAACUCAAUAAUUACCAUCUGUAGAACCUGAAAAAGUCAUUCAUGAUGUUAAUAUGCACAUCUCCACACCUAUUCAAUAACAUAAACCCUUGAUGCCUACACUUUAAGGAACCUAAUAAACAAUUAAAAAAAAUGAUCUUAAUAUUAAUCAAGACAUCUAUUCAACCUAUAAUAAUCAUUUUGAAGAUCCAAUUUUAAACAACAAAGAUCAUUUCCCUUUAAUUUCUGAACACCAUAACUUUACACACUAAGAUUAUUAACCAGAUCCUAUUAAUAAAUAUAACAAGAUUGAUCCACCUUAUGAUUCAGUUUCUCCAUUUAAUUAAUAUAAUAAAGGUUUUGAACUUGAUCCAUUACCCUAUUAGAAGAUAGACUCUUAUCCUCCAAUUCAUAAUUAAAUCGAAAAAAAAUAUGAUUUUGGUCCAAUUCCUAAUAGACCAUCAGAACAUUCCUAUCCAAAUUCUUAAAUUAUCUAUGAUAAACCUUAGAUUCCUGAUCGUAGUUCUUUUGACACUCCAAUUACAACAAUGAAUUACACACAACCAAAAUACUAAAGUUAUGUGCCUUAGACAUUAAAUAAUAAUCAAUUAAAUUACUUACCUUCUCAUCCUUAAACAAUACCGUAAUCAUCAAUUCCUUAAAAUUCUGGCUAUUCUCCAUAUUAUCCAUAAUAACCUUUUAGUCCAAUACCAAGUAGUACCAAUCUAUAUACUGCACCUAAUUAUCCAAUUCCUACAAUAAAACCAUCUUAAUCAAAUUUAGAAUAGCCAAAAAUAGUAGAGUAAGAUGGAAUUAAAUUUUAAGAUGAAACUAUGGUUGUAGGUGACAAUGAUCAUAGAUAAACCAAAAAUUCUAAUAGAGAUCCUGCAUUGGAUUAAUAAUAAUGUACAAUUUAUUGA